CAGGACCGGAGACUUCGAAGACUUCCCCUUCGUGUCAAUGAAGACGCACGAGCAUUACUACGUGCGUUGGGCCAGUGACCUGGCCCGUGCAACGCGCGAGGCACCGAUCGUCUUCAACGAUCUUUGCGACGGCGUCUUGGUUCAUUGGAUCAGAGGCUCGGAAGAGCUCUCCCGCUCCAUCAGCACCGCCUUUGACCCCACCCAGUUGCGAUUGAUCCAUGGCCGUCUGCUGCAUCCCGUAAGCGUGAACUCCCAUGCGCGGGCUGGCUCGCUAAGUGGCACCAUCCGAAAACGAGAGACCUUUCUGGCCUCAAUCGAUGUGACGACUUCCCAGCGGAUCUUGUCUCUUUGCGAGGAGUCCGAGGAUGUCAGCUCGGGCCUGUUGAUCACUUGGGAGAAUGAGAGGGUCCCGGUGCUGAUGGAGGAGUGAAGCAGAGGACCGGAUGAGGAUCGAACCUAUAGUGAAGCAGGAAAUCCGAAUAUCGCCACCUGCAGUCUCAAAAUAAGGACAUGAAUUCACAUUUGGACCAAGCCCAAAAAGGGAUUUGUGCCAUUUGGUGCCCAAUGUGCACAGAUUAUUUGAUUCCGGGUACAGGCAGAUGCCAAGAAUCCGAGUUUCUGCACCCAAACUCUGCCGUUUGCGGAUCAAUGGCUGAUGAUUCACUAUGCGACCGACUCUCGCUGUGUGCG